AUGGCUAGGGGAUAUCGUUUCUUCAUCAUCCUUUCGAUAAUCUCAUUGUUUGCAAAGAUAACCGAUUCUCGAAUAUUAGAUCGACAUAGUUUUCCUGAUGGUUUUAUUUUUGGAACAGCUGCCUCUGCAUAUCAGUACGAAGGAGCAACAGAUGAAGGUGGCAAGUCUCCAGCUAUAUGGGACCACUUCAGCCGCACUUACCCAGAAAGGACGAAGAUGCAUAAUGCAGAUGUAGCUAUUGAUUUUUAUCACCGUUAUAAGGAUGACAUCAAAUUGAUGAAGGAGCUAAACAUGGACGCUUUUAGAUAUUCAAUCUCGUGGGCCAGAUUAAUUCCAAGUGGAAAGCUAAAGGAUGGAGUCAACAAAGAAGGUGUACAAUUCUACAAGGAUCUUAUUGACGAACUUGUUGCUAAUGACAUACAACCAUCAAUGACACUAUAUCAUUGGGACCAUCCACAAUCUCUGGAGGACGAAUAUGGUGGCUUUUUAAGCCCUAAAAUUGUAGAAGAUUUUCGAGAUUUCGCAAGAAUAUGUUUUGAAGAGUUUGGAGAUAAAGUAAAGAUGUGGACAACGAUCAAUGAACCAUACAUCAUGACUAUUGCGGGUUACGACCAAGGUAACAAGGCGGCUGGACGAUGCUCAAAAUGGGUAAACGAAAAGUGCCAUGCGGGUGAUUCGAGUACUGAACCUUACAUUGUCUCGCAUAACGUUCUUCUUGCUCAUGCUGCUGCGGUAGACGAGUUCAGAAAGUCUAAAAAAAUAUCGCAUGAUAGCCAAAUAGGGAUAGUUUUAUCACCAAGAUGGUUCGAGCCUUAUCAUUCAGACUCUACUGAAGAUAAAGAAGCAGCUGAACGAGCUCUUGCUUAUGAAAUUGGAUGGCAUCUUGACCCAGUGAUUCACGGAGAUUAUCCAGAGAUAGUAAAAAAGUAUGGGGGAAAUAAGUUACCUUCAUUUACUGAAGAACAAUCUAAUAUGUUAAAGAACUCAUCAGAUUUUGUCGGAGUAAACUACUAUACAGCACGCUUCGCUACUCAUAUUCCUGAGAUCAACCCAGCAAAGCCUCGGUUCAAGACUGAUCAUCACGUCGAAUGGAAAGUGACUAACCACAGUGGCCACAUUAUCGGACACGGGGAUGAAAGGGGUUUAAUAUUGUCACAUCCCGAAGGCUUGCGUAAAAUUCUAAACUAUAUCAAAGAUAGAUACAAUAACAUCCCGGUCUACAUCAAAGAGAAUGGAAUCAACGAUAACGACGAUGGUACAAAACCAAGAGAAGAGAUUCUUAAGGACACGUUUAGGAUUGAGUACCAUGACACACAUAUCCAACAACUUCACAAAGCUAUAGUUGAAGAUGGGUGUGACGUAAGAGGAUAUUAUGCAUGGUCAAUGAUGGACAACUUUGAAUGGGAACAUGGGUACACUGCUAGAUUUGGUCUUUACUAUGUUGACUUUGUCAACGGUCUCAAACGUUAUCCAAAAGAUUCAGUUAAAUGGUUUAAGCGAUUCCUCAAGAGAUCAAUCGGAGAAACUAAAGAAGAGGAAGUGAAGGAGAUGUCACGUGCGGAUAUGAAUGAGACUCUCUAUGAGCAAGUAGAUUUUGAUGAAUACUCAGGAUUUGUUGCAUCUUUCAUGGCGACGAACCAAUCGAAGAGAGAACAAGAGAAAAAUCGCUGCUCUUCUGAUUUAUUUUAUAGCAGUUUUGGUGUUUUGAAGGAAAUAGAAGAUUCAUCAUCGUUUUACCGAUUGUAAAAUAUUUAUGGUUAAAUAUGUAUUUGCUUAUAAGUUAGAACUUCAUGUUAUGUAUGAAAAAAGUUCCUGACUGUUAUGUAUGAAUAUUAUCUCUUAGAAAUAAAUGAGCAUAAGUUUUUUUC